AUGGCAAGCAGUCUAGACAAGUUGGCCAAAAACCUGUCUCCCAAUCAGUUCAGACACACUUCCAAUAUCUACCAAGGUGAACAACGAGAGCUGUUGGUGAAAAAAGGUGUUUAUCCCUACGAUUACAUGGACAGCAUUGAGAAGUUUGAACGUUGUUCGCUUCCAAACCAAGAAGAUUUCUACAACAAGCUAAACGACGCUUACGUAAAGCCCGAAGACUACCGACAUGCGGUCAACGCUUGGAAUACGUUCAACAUAGAGAACAUGAAAGACUACACACUGUUGUACAACCAAACGGACGUGCUCUUGCUGGCGGACAUUAUGGAGAACUUUCGCGACGUUUGCAUGCAGACGUACCAGCUCGACCCUGCUUGGUACUACACGGCUCCCGGACUCGCGUGGAGUGCGAUGCUCAAGACCACCGGCAUAAAACUCGACCUUCUCAGUGACUACAACAUGAUCCUAAUGAUCGGCAAGGGCAUUCGUGGCGGAGUGUCACAGUGCUCUAACCGGUACGCCGCAGCAAACAACCCUUAUAUGGAAGAUUUCGAUGAGGACCAGCCGACUUCCUACCUGACCUACUUGGACGCCAAUAAUCUGUACGGCUGGUCCAUGAGUGAGUACAUGCCGUAUAAGAACUUCAAGUGGUGCAAAACCGACAUUGACGUUCCGGAUGACGCACCAACUGGCUACAUUCUAGAAGUCGACUUGGUGUAUCCCGAACAAUUACAUGACCUCCACUCCGACUUGCCUCUUGCACCGGAACGUCGAGUACCGCCGGGAUCGAAAGAAGAGAAACUUCUCACCACACUGCUAGAGAAGGAAAAAUAUGUUGUCCACUACAGGAAUCUAAAACAGUAUCUAUCACUCGGCAUGAAACUUAAGAAAGUCCACAGAGUUAUAAGCUUCAGUCAAUCAGCCUGGCUCAAGCCCUACAUCGACUUGAACACUGAGAUGCGUAAGCAAGCCAGGAACGAGUUUGAGAAAGAUUUCUUCAAGCUCAUGAAUAACAGCGUUUUCGGUAAGACAAUGGAGAACAUCCGGAACAGAGUGGACAUCCGACUGGCUACGAAAGACAAACAAGUCGACAAGUGGACUGCUCAACCAAACUUUAAGAGCAGGACGAUAUUCACCGAACAGUUGGCAGCCGUUCACAUGUCAAAAACGAAAUUGAUGUUCAAUAAAGCAAUCUACGUCGGCAUGAGCAUUCUGGACGUGUCGAAAACGCUGAUGUACGACUUCCACUACAACGUCAUCAAGAGGCGGUACGGUCACAAAGCCCAACUUCAAUAUACAGACACCGACUCGCUAACGUACCAAAUCCAGACGACCGACUUGUACAAAGACAUCAAAGACAUGAUCGAUCUGUUCGACACCAGCGACUACCCUCAGCCCAACCGUUACAACAUGCCUCGAGUCAACAAAAAGGUACUAGGAAGAUGA